AUGAUCUGCAUCCUCGCGACCAUCGUUGCCCUUCCCACCGUAUGUGCCUCUCUUCCUCCCGACUCCUGCGUGCACGCCAGAUUGGGCGGGCGGCGGGCGGUCGUCGGACCGGCGGACGCUUCUCGCGAGUCUGUCACCGAGCCGCCGGAUGCGGCGACCAUCCCUCGCGAGAUCCUUGAGGCGACGGUCAUAGAUGGCUCAGACGCGGUCAAGCACUUCAACCUCGAACGGCACUCGCCUGAGGCGGCGCUCUCCGCGCCGCCCGACUUGACCGCGAGUGUGGGCUCGACCAGUCCGUGCGGCGCGCGCCGCACCAUGUGGGGCGUCGAGCGCGAGUACAACCGCGGCUGUGUAAGCACCUCUGCGCCGACGCUGCUGCUUCUCCUCCUCGCAGCCUGCGGCAGUGGGCUGCUGCUGCUCCGCAUCCUCGCAGCCGGCGGCGGGCUGCUAUGCAAGUGGGCGCAGCGCUUCGGCGCAACCAGCGGCGGCGGGCUGUUGGGCAUGUGCGCGCCGCGCUCCGGUGCAGCCUUGGGGCAGCGAGCCAGCAAGGCGGUCCGUCCCCGGCUGAGCAAGAGUCGCGGCUUGGUGGCCUUCCUGCUGCUGCUCUGCUUCCUCCCCGUGGCUCGGGCUGGCUCGGGCGAGGCUGGCUCUGGCGAGGCUGGCUCUGGCGAGGCUGGCUUUGUCGUCCUCUCGUCGGUGCCCUACACCGGUUCAGACGAGUGUCGGUGGGGGCUCUGCCCAGACUUCCAGACCGAGUACGGCGUCUCCCUCUCGCCCGGCGUCGAGUGCGAGCUCGUCAUGAAGGACUCGUACGGCGACGGCUGGGACGGCGCUAGCUGGUCGGGCCUCGGGCAAGAGGGCCUCGCCGUUGCCGACGGGUAUGAGGAGCGGAAGUCUUUUGUUGACGUGUCCUUCACGGGCUGCGAGGCCAGCGAGUCCGGAGGAGGUAUGAACGUGUACCGCAGCGGCGACGUCACGCUGGAGGGCGCCAGCUUCAGCGAGUGCACGGCUGUCAAGGACGGAGGAGGCAUGUUCGUGUACAGCAGCGUCGGCGUCUCGCUGGACGGCGCCAGUUUCAGCGAGUGCACGUCUGGCAGGGACGGAGGAGGUAUGUCUGUGUGGAACAGCGGCGACGUCUCGCUCGAGGGGUCCAGCGUUGUCGGUUGCACGAGUGGCUCACGUGCGGCUCUUUAUCUCACUGCCGUCGACCGCUUAGCUCUCACCAACUCGCAGUUUGUCGACAACAUUGCGAGCCAAACCCCCGCUGCACUCUUCUUCACCUCCCGCAUCGCUGCCACCGACUCGAUCCUCCGCAACACGACCUUCUUCGGCAACUCUGCGCCAGGAAACAUCACAAUCCUCGCCGCCUCGCCUCUAACGUGGGACUGCCCGCUCGGAUCUUGGAUGCCGAACGUCGGCCAGAUCGACGGCGACCUGUCCGGCUGCAACAGGCUCUGCGCGGAGGUUUUCUGUGACGACAGCUCGGGCCAGCCGAAGGAGACACUCGACAAGUACCGGUUCACCGGCCACGACGGCCUGAGCGACAGCCUCUGCAAGGCGUUCCUGGCCGGCAAGUUCGUGGGCGUUGAUUACAUAAACGGAGCCAACGGCGUGCUGGACUGGAUGGGGGCCUCCCUCCACGCUCAGCGUCUCCCGAGGAUCCACGUCAAGGACCUCUACGUCAUCCCGAGCAAGAUGCGACGCUUCGGGGCCUUCCUCAACCUCCUUUUCGUCGGCAUCGGCUAG